AUGAGUAGGACAAGAAGCAGAGAUGAGAGUUGUGAUGAGACCAAACAAACAGAGGAAGAAGCUGGAAGAGGAGAUCCAACUGGAGAAACUUCGAGCAGAGGAUCAGGAGUGACAGCAUCUGGGUUUGGUGGACUAAGGCUUGAGGGGAUUGUCGGCAUGAUAGACGAUUCCGACGGGGAAGGAGACAUUUCGCUUGAACCUGGAGUAGGGAACAGGGGAGAGGUAUCUGGAGACAUGGCCGGGGUAGAAGCUGAGAAACUCGAUGGAGCUUCAGGCAAGAACGAAGGUGCAGCUGAUAUGAGUGAGAGAACGGUGAAGGCAGUGAACAGAGAGACGGACAUGGUUACUGUGAAUGUCUCUCCUGCUUCUCUGAGAAUGUUUCUGAGAGACCUUAAGAAACUGAAGAAGAAAAAGGUAUACAGCUAUAGAGGAGUCACAGAAGACAUUGCUGCAUUUCAUUUUCUCAUAGAAAAUCAGACACUGAAUAAUUUGUUGACUUUUGUCGAGAUUCUGGCAAUGCUUUUAGCAGUAUACAUUCAUCUGAACACAAUGGCCGAGCAUUCUCAUGGCCAACUUUCUAUUAAACUCAAUCCAUAGAGGUUUGAAUAAAGAAGAAAGAAUUCACUAAACUUUGAGUUUGAGCAGCACAAGACCUUAUGAAUGAGGAUGAAGCUGAAAGCUUUCCCAUAUGUUCGGGGAAGCUGUAUGAGCUUUCAGUGGUUUCCAUCUGCGGACGCCUUUUCGAAUAUUUUAUGCCCACACCAGUCCAUCAAAGCCGAUUUCCAGAUUUGACACAGGGCUGUCUCCAAUACCUUGGUCAAGCGCUUGGGUGUCAUCUAUUGGAUCAACAUAUGGCUCGAGCAGAUCAGCGGAUC